AUGGCCCGCAAGUCGAAGCUGGCGCCUGCCAAGGACGACGAUCUCGUGCUCACCAUCGACAGUGACGACGAACAGCUCGCAGUGGAGCAAGUGCUGCUGGGAGACGAAAGCGACGAAGAAGAGGAAACGGAGGCCGUUUCUGGCCAAACCAAGCUGAAAAACAAUAAGAAAAAUAAGAAUAAGAGUAAGCAGGAUGCUACUAAGGCUAAGGCUAAGGGUAAGGAAGGUAAGGGCAGAGAAGAGGAAGAGCCCAAGGAGAGUGCUGACUUGAACCCUGAUUUCCAGUUCGAUGCUGAAGGGAUGGUCACGCAAGCGUUUGACGGAUGGGACUUUUCUGGUGAUUCUAAGGCUACCCCUCAAGUAGACCUCGAUGGUAUCUUACGGAGAAAAGGUGGUUUGGUGCUGACCAUCGGGACUGAAAAGAAGGAGGGUAAAGAAGCUGAGGAUGAGGUUGAUGAAGAUGAGGAUGAAGCUAAUGAGGAAGCUAAUGAAGAAGAAGCUGACGCUGAUGCUAAUGGUGACGACGACGAUGAUGAGAUUGCCAUGGAUGGGUUCGGUAUGGGUGCUCAAGAAGACGACGAAGACGACGAUGACGAGGAAGAUGACGAGGAAAAUGACGAUGAAGAAGAACAGGAAGAUGACGACGACGAAGCGGUUGAGGCGGAUAUGGAUAUGGAGUACCCGGAUUCCGAUGCCGAUAACGACCUGGACUCCGAAGAGGCGAAGGCGGCGUUCUACGAGACGGCGGCCCCUACUCAGGCCCACACUUCAUUUACCACGUUACAGCUUUCGCGUCCCGUGCUUAAAGGGUUAGCCAAUUUAGGGUAUACUUCUCCGUCGCCGAUUCAGCUGGCAGCGAUCCCUAUUGCUCUUUUAGGCAAAGAUAUCGUUGCUGGGGCCCAAACCGGUUCCGGUAAGACGGCGGCGUUUAUGAUCCCCAUCAUCGAACGGUUAGUGUUUAAACCGGCGAAAGUGGCGCUGACUCGGGUCAUCGUGUUAACCCCCACAAGAGAGUUGGCGAUGCAAGUGUACGAUGUUGGUAAGAAGAUCGGGCAACACGUCAAAAACCUUUCGUUUGGGAUGGCUGUGGGUGGUCUCAAUUUGAGACAACAGGAACAGCAAUUGAAGCAAAGACCCGAUGUGGUUAUCGCCACUCCGGGGAGAUUGAUCGACCAUAUCCGCAACUCGCCGUCGUUCUCGAUCGACCAGCUUGAAGUGCUUGUCAUCGACGAAGCCGACCGGAUGCUCGACGAAGGGUUCCAGGCCGAGCUCGAGGAGAUCUUGGGGUUGAUCCCCAAGCACAAGCGGCAGACGCUCUUGUUCUCGGCGACGAUGAACACCAAGAUCCAGGACUUGAUCAAAUUGCUGUUGCAAAAGCCGGUGCGGAUCAUGAUCGACCCGCCAAAGCUGGCGGCGCUGAAGUUGGUCCAGGAGUUUGUCCGGAUCAGAAAACGUGACCAGUACAAGCCGGCGUUGUUGUACCUGCUCUGUCGCCAAGUGGGCGAGGUGCGGACAGUGGUGUUUGUCAGUCGUAAGGAGACCGCCCACCGAUUGCGGAUCAUCUUGGGGUUGAUGGGGAUCAAGGUCGGCGAGUUGCACGGGCUGUUGACCCAGGAACAGCGUAUCCAGGCGGUGAACGACUUCAAGCUGUUGACGGUGCCGAUUUUGAUCUGUACCGACUUGGCGGCGCGUGGUUUGGAUAUCCCCAAGAUCGAGACCGUCAUCAACUACGACAUGCCCAAGCUGUACGAGAUCUACUUGCACAGAGUCGGGCGUACCGCUCGUGCCGGCAGAGAAGGGCGUUCGAUUUCGUUUGUUGGUGAGCUGAAUCCUGAUAGAGCCAUUGUUCGUGAUGCCGUCAAGUCGUUGGCGGAGACUAAAGGUAAGGCGCUUUCUCGUCACGUCGACUGGAAACAGAUCGAAGAGCUUAAUCAAUUGGUCGAGCUGAAACUGGAGGCGGUCGAGGAAGUAUUGGCGGAAGAAAAGCACGAGAAGCAGUUGUUGCACGCGGAAAUGGAGUUGAACAAGGCGGAAAACAUGAUCAAGCACGAGAAGGAAAUCGCCCUGAGGCCGAGACGGACGUGGUUCAGCGGCAAGGACCAGCAGCAGCAGAAACAGCCGAAGAAGCUUAACCUGAAGAAGAGAAAGCGGGCCGAGGAGUUGAGCGAAGGCGUCAGACUGUAUAAGAAGACUAAAGCUGACCGUACUGCCGACGCCCAGCGGAACCCGAAGAUGAAGAAGGGGAAGAAAGGGUCUGACGAUGUUGAGAGCAAGGUCAUCAUUGAUGGCUACAAUUUGGAGCAGCCAUCCGCCCACGGUGCUGUUCUUUUUGACACCAAUGGCAAUGUUGUGGUGGUGUCCAGUAUCGUUGAUUUCGUUCUUGGUCCGAACGUCUCCUCCGCAGGAGUCAACUCGAUGCUCGACUUUGCCAACCAAACCAAGAAGACCCAGGUCCACGACUUGAGCAAAUCCUCCAGUAACUGCGGAAACAAAGGUGAUGGUAAGAACGACGGUGACAAGGACGACGAUAAGAAGAGCGACGCUACCACCUUGGGUGUGUCCAAGACGAGAUUGGUGGGUGGUCGCCGCUAUGGUGGCGUCGGUGUUGUGAUCAGGCCAAUAUUGGGAACUGAUCUAAAUAUAGCCGGGCCUAAGCUAUUUCAUAAGAAUAAACAUGAUUCGACUCUGCAUGUGUGUACUCGUAUAAAGUCAAUAUUCCACUGGGUGGCCUCAAACAUACUGGUACAAAUUACCGUAGAAGUCACCCCUAGAUCGUCCUACUGUCGAUAG